AUGACGGAAUUGACUUCAGAAAUUGCGCGAAAAUUGGGUUUUAACAUUCCAAGUCAUGAAGGCGAAAAUCUUAGUGAUCAGUUAAUAGAAUUAGCUUCCAACGAUGAGGUAAUACUUCAAUCUGUAGCAAAAUGGUUCAAAUUAGGACCUCUUAAAGUGUCCAUGAUAAUCAGCGAAUAUAAAAAGUCAAAAAAAAGUAGAGAUGAACGAGCUGUACAGCAAAUUAUGUCUGAAGCUGAUGAAAAUAAUCUAGAUUCAAGAAACAAUUUUAUGCCUGUGCAUGAUUUGGAAAAUCCAGUAAAUAAUGAAGAUGAGUCAGACAAAAACAAUGAGUCACAAGAAAAAGCUUCAGAAAAUUUAAGCAAAGUUAAUUUACAGGUAUCUCAAAUAUCUAUUGCCAAUCCGCAAAUUAAUUUAGAAUCUGACAAUAGACAAGCAUUUGAACAGCAAUUAGAGGCGCACAAAGAAGAAGAAAAUAUCACGGGUGCAUUUAAUGUUGGAGACAAGGUAAAUUGCACAAAUAUAAAAGAAUUUCAUAUUAUUAUAAAAAAGAAAGCUCUACAGGACGACAAAGCCAAAAUUUAUGUUAAAAGAUCUGAUUCUGCAAAAAAGUUGAUUCAGUUUGAGUGUUAUUUUUCAAGUGAGCAUGCUAAUAUUCUUUUUCCUUCUAUUAAGCCUGAGUUGUUUUGCAAGUUCAAAAUGAGUUGAAAGUAUACAUUGGAUUUAUUAGAGUCAUAUACUUUUGAGUGCAUACAUGUUCAUCAAAAUCAUAAUCAUAAAGGAAUUCCGCAAGAUCAGUGUGAUAAUUUAAUUGAAUGCGAAAUAUUGCCAAAUAGCAUCAAAGAACAAGUGAUCCAAUAUUAUAUUGAAGGAUUUACAAUUAGGCAGAUACAGUCUAUGCUAAGCGCAAAUGAUGAUUUUAAGAUAUCAAUAGAGAAAUUAUACAAUGUUGUAGAAUAUUAUGCAAAAACUCAUUCGGAAAAUUUCACCUUUGAUAGAAUAAUAUCAAGCGAAUGUCAUCAUACAAAUGCAAUAAUUGAAUUUGAUAGAGCCUUAAUGAGAUUUUUUAUUACAGAUUUAUCAAGAAUAGAGAUGUGACAAAAAUUACAAGAUGUGAUACUUAUAGACAGUACAUAUAAGGUUCAUGAAAGUUUUAGAUCUGCAGUAUUUAUUUUAACUGUAGAUCCAUAUGGAUCUAACUAUGUGCUAGCAAUGGCACUUACAAAAAAAGAAACUGAAAACGACUAUUCAUGAAUAUUUAUGAACUUUCUAAAACAUUUUCAGAGUCCACAAAUAAUUUUUGUGGAUCGCAACCAAGCACAGUAUAAUGCUCUUAGUGAUAAGUUUAGAAACUCAAAGAUAAUUUUUUGUUUAUGGCAUAUUCAAAGGAAUCUUAUAACAUACUUGACUCCUUUACAUAUUAGCUGAUCAGAAUUUAGCAUGACCUCCGGCCAGGCAGCUUCCGAGCACAUAUUUUAAUUAUAUCCGGCAAGAUAUUACUUCUUCAUGAAACAGAACAUUGAAUAUCUGACUUCAACAGUCAGGCACUCAAACAUUUCACUUAUAAUUAUAUCAUCUUUGCACUUGCUUCAAAAAAUCCAGCUUGAAUUUCUCGAGCUAAUUCUUCACAUCUUGAUUUUUUUACGACUUUAUCUUUCCUAGUGUUACUAGUGGUGUUAAUGGUGAUAGUGUUGCUAGUGGUGUUAGUGCUGAUAGUGUUGCUAGUGUUGCUAGUGAUACUAGCAUCACUAAACGCAAUAAUCUAACAGAUAUGUUGUAA